AUGAUAUGUAAAAGUUUAUAGGUGUGUAAAAAUAAGUUUAUGUAUUUAUAGGGUGCAAUUGUAUUCACUGGUUUAUUGUUUUUUUUCUUCUGGUUUUCUGAUUUUAUGGUAUUUUAUCUUCUUGAUUAUUUAAUUUCUAAAUACAUAUUUUGUUUCUCUCUUUUAUUUAUUUCUUUUUUCCUUGUCUGAAUAUUAUUUUCCUUCUAUUUUCUUGGGUGUUGAACUAAAACCCGUGUCUAUUUAAGUGGUGAAGAAUUUAGUGGUUGGUGUUCAUAUCCAUUGUUUUCUUUUGUAUUGUUAAUGUCUAGAGAAAAUGAGUUAUUUGGUUGUAGGUGUUAGUCCUGGAACAGCUCCAGUGUACCAUAGCACAAACCUGAAAUUGUUGGAUAAGAGGAUCAAGAUAGCUGAGUUGGUGUUAAGGUUUAUGAUUCUUGGUCUUGGAGUUGUUGCAGCUAUUCUUAUUGGAACUGAUUCACAAGUGAAGGUGUUUUUCUCCUUUGAGAAAGAAGCUAAAUUCACUGAUGUUAAGGCUUUGGUAUUCUGGGUAGUUGCUAAUGGUUUGGCUGCUGGAUACUCUUUGAUUCAAGGACUCCAUUGUGUUGUGAGUUUGGUUAGGGGAAGUGUUCUCUUCAACAAGCCCUUAGCUUGGGCCAUUUUCUCUGUUGAUCAGGUACCCUUUUAUAUUUGAAAGAUCACAUCCUACUUUUUUUUGUUGUCUUAUACAUUGUGGUUAAAACACAAGAUUAUCAAGAUUCUUGCAUCAACAUCUUGCUUUUUCCUCAAGCAUUUUGUUGCCAUGUUGAUUAAUAUCACUUAUUUUUUUAUAAAU